UUAGAUACAGGAUUAAAUGAAAAUAAUUUCAGACAGAAAAUGCUAGUAAUUUAGAGUCUUUGUAGUGGCAGUAAUGGUAUCCUGUGUGUGUGUGUGUGUGUGUGUGUGUGUGUGUGUGUGUGAUCUUCUAUAUACAUACUGGUUUGCAGUCUCUUUCUCAUUAGCUUAAGAGUUCCUUGAGAGCAAGGACAUUUUUGUCAACUUUCCUGGACUUCCUUGACUUAGCAAAGUGCCUGGCCCAUCAUAAUUAUGUUCUUCAUAAAUACUUAUUGACUUGAAUUAUGCUUUCUUUUCUCUCCUAUGCUCCACUGUCUUGGCUUCCCUUUUCCAAAAUGGGAUCAAAAAAAGAUAAAGGAUUGACUCCCUCUUUCAUCACAACUAGGAUCCAGGAAUGUUUGACAUUCAAGGAUGUGACUGUGGACUUCACCAGGCAGGAAUGGGAGCAGUUGACACCUGCUCAGAGGUACCUCUACAAAGAUGUGAUGCUGGAGAACUAUAGGAACCUGUUCUUUCUGGGGCUCCCAGUGUCCAAACCAGAGGUGAUUUCCCAGUUGGAGCAAGGAGAGGUACCAUGGAUAGCAGAGAAAGAAGUACCAAGAAGCACUUAUCCAGGUUGGGAAACUACUCUUGAGACCAAGAACUUGGCUACAAAGCAAGGUACUUAUAUGAAAGAAUCAUCUCAGGAAAGACUUGCAGGAUAUAGCUUAUGGUACUCAAAUUUGAGACAACCUCACAAGGAAUGUGAUGGAAAAUACCAGAAGGAACAAGAGAGCCAAAAAAGAAAUUUGGAGCAAAUAACAGUCACUCAGAAGAACAUGCCUAAUAAAAUAAGACUCAGUGAAGGCAAUAUAUUUGAGAGAAGUUUCCAUUUAAAGCCGAGUAUUGUUACAGAGAGGAAUAUUCCUCUAAGAAAGAAUCCCCAUAAAUAUGAUGCUCAUUCCAAAGCAAGUACAGAUAAUCUCUCAAGAAAUCUUCUCAAGAAAGAAACUUUGCAAGCAUAGUGUUUACAAUCCCUCCACUAUAUGCAAUAACAUAACUAUUAGAGAAAAAUCAUUCAAAGCAUCAAUUCAACAUCAGGAAAAUUAUACUGCAGAGAAAUACCAUAAAUGCAAUGAAUGUGGGAAAAUUUUUAGUAAAAAUUCUUCUCUUACUCUACAUCAGAGAAUUCAUACUGGAGAGAAACCUUAUGCAUGCAAUGAAUGUACCAAAGCUUUCUGUGAUGGCUCUUCACUUACUAAACAUCAGAGAAUCCAUACAGGGGAGAAACCCUAUAAAUGUAGUGACUGUGGAAAAUCUUUUAGUGACAGUUCAUCUCUUGCUUAACAUCAGAGAAUUCAUACCGGAGAGAAACCCUUUAAAUGUCAUGAAUGUGGUGCAACCUUCACACGAAGUUCAUCUCUUGCUCAGCAUCAGAGAAUUCAUACUGGAGAGAAACCUUUUAAUUGUGAUGAAUGUGGCAAGGCCUUCAGGCAGAAUGCAUUUCUGCUUUUACAUCAGAGAAUGCAUACUGGUGAGAAACCUUAUACAUGCAGUGAAUGUGGCAAAGCCUUUGGUGACAGCUCUUCUUUUACUAAGCAUCAGAGAAUUCAUACUGGAGAGAAACCCUAUAAAUGUAGCAACUGUGGAAAAUCCUUCAGUGACAGUUCAUUUCUUACUCAACAUCAGAGAAUUCAUACUGGAGAGAAACCCUUUAAUUGUAAUGGAUGUGGCAAAGCCUUCAGGCAGAAUGCAUUUCUAGUUUUACAUAAAAGAAUGCAUACGGGUGAGAAGCCCUAUGAAUGUAGUGAAUGUGGCAAAGCUUUUAGUGAUGGCUCUUCUCUUACUAAGCAUCAGAGGAUUCAUACAGGAGAGAAGCCCUAUAAAUGCUGUGAAUGUAGAAAGUCUUUCAGUGAUAGCUCAUCUUUUACUAAGCAUCAGAGAAUUCAUACUGGAGAGAAACCUUUUAAGUGUAAUGAAUGUGGCAAAGCCUUCAGGCAGAAUGCAUUUCUAGUUCUACACCAGAGAAUUCAUACAGGUGAGAGACCCUAUGAAUGUAAAGGAUGUGGCAAAGCUUUUAGUAACAACUCUUCCCUUACAAAGCAUCAGAAAAUUCAUACAGAACAAAAGUUCUAUAAAUUUAUUGAUUGUGGAAAAUCCUUCAGUGACAGUUUACCUUCUCAACAUCAGAAGAGUCAUACUAAAGAGAAACUUUAUAAAUGUAAGGAAUGUGGAAAAACUUUCUCACAUAGUUCAUCCUUUUCUCAUCAUCAUAGAAUUCAUCGCCAAGCUAAACGUUAAAUGUAAUUAAUGCAGCAAUUAAUAUUCGAAUCUAUACUGGGGAAAUGCCCCCAAUUCAUACACUUAACAAAUAUGUCAAAGUCUUUAGCAAAAAGCAACACCUUACUAAAUGUCAGAGAGUUCAUACUGUAAGGAAAUCCUACUAACAUAGUGAUGCUAGAAGUACUUUAAAGCAAAAUUAUUCCAUUGUUAUUUACCAGAUAAUAUUACUCCUGAACAGAAAAUAGCAAUGUAAUGAAAGUAGGAAGGCCUUUAACAUCUCUUGAUUCUACAUAAGAAAAAUCAUAAGAGAAAAAUAUAAAUGGAAUAAGUUAUUAAAAAGGUCAAAUUGAGUUCCUUAUACAUCUAUAAUUUCAUUUCAGAGAGUAAUUAUGAGUAUAGAUGAUGUGAAGAAAGCUUCAAGCAAAUAUGUCACUUGGUUUAAGAGAAGAAAAAAAAAAUUUCCUGUUUAUUUCUCUCCUCUUUGCUACUCAUAUAAACUGAUUAGAUAGAGCUGGUUUUAUAUUAGGCUCAGGUAUGGCAUCUGAAAGAAUAAUUUAUCAGUCUUUUUUAAUUUAUCAGACCCCAAAUUGGAGAAUGAUGAAACAAAGUAAUGCAGCAAUUCAAUAGAAACUGACACAAAAAGAAAAUGGUGAAUAAGGAUCCAAUACAAAAUUAGAAAAGAACUUGGAGGACUAUAGAUAUGAAUUUUAAAAAAGAAUGUGGGGGCAGCUAAGUGGCUCAGU